AUGCUCGACCUAUCUCGUUUGCGGGCAGUCCUACAGACGAGGCCCACGCGUGAGCCGGUGGGUGUGGGCGUCGGUGGCAGUGAGGCGAGGCGCUGGGUGCUGGAGGCACGCCACGCCACGCCGCGGCAAUGCGGGGUGCGGGCGGUCACACGGACCGUGCCCACGUCAGGACCACCUGCACACACACAACCAUCUGACGUCUCCCUCCAGCUGGCGCGCCGACGGGAGGACCGGGCGGCAAGUUCGGCUGUGUUGCGUGGUGCCGGUCGCCGGAAGAGACUGCAGGCGGUCACGCUGACCACGCCCACACGUGGAAGAACCGUCUGGCUGCAUUUAGGAGGAGCUGCAGGGCGUCCGAAGGCCGACGAAGACACCUCUCCGUGGACGUCGUUCAGAGGCGGCUGUGCUGACGGCGGCGCGCCCCACGCGCAGUUGGCCGGGCCAGGCCACCGGCUGGCGUCGGCUCCUCGCAGAGGGCGGCCCGCUCUCUGCGAUCCCCCGAGGUCACUCCUCUCGCGUCACCUGUCGGCGAAAGUGAGCACGGUGCGUUCGAAUCUCCCCGCAGGACUAUCCCUGGUCGCCUGCCUGUCGCAGCUUUGUCUACUGUGCCGGCUGCCUGGCGUGUCGCACCACCCGCUUCUCUUCGAUGGCCCCGUCUUCAUCCCGUGGCGGCCGGUUUUUCCUCCGACCCCUUAUGCCUCCACGAACUGCCUGUACAGUCCUCACCGAAACUCAGUUGUAUGGGACUUCAAUGAGACUGAGAGGUUAGUUGAGAGGUACGGCAGUGACCAGCCUCCUUCACAGCUGUCACCUCUUAUUUUUUUGUUGUCCAUGUUACAUCACCCACAACUCAUCACGAGUGACAGCUCCUUCAACCCCAGCCCCCGUGGCAGAGUAGAUGGAGGAAAUGGUGUGCAAGUGGGGCUACUGUCACCCCCAGCUGCCCUCCAAGAGUGGGUAGAAUGCGUCCCAGAAGACAGUGAGGCUUCGGAAGGCAUUAUGUCUUGGAGAGAUGAGGAAUUAGGCAAUUAUCUACACUACAUGUAUAUAACCGGUAUUCCUUCGUUCUUCACAGCAGCAGCAGAUUCGUGUCGCGCGACUACCGAGUGUCGCAACCCGGAAAGCGGCGGGGUCCGGCGGUGCGCGCGCAUCUCGCGCCUGAUUGGCGGCUGGAAGCUGGCCGGUGCUCCCUCGGCCCGCCGCGCCGCGCCGCUGUGGCCGGCCAGUGCGAAGUCAGACACGAUGCGAGCAGCAGGUGGCGCACGGCUCGCGCUGGCGGCCUGCGUCUUGGCGGCGGCGGCAGCGCAGCAGCUGCCCUGGUGGUGGGGGCUGUCCGCCCCCGACUACAGCCCGGUCACCCAGGCGCCCGACAACAACGUGGGGGGCGGCUCCACCCCCGGCGUCGGAGGAGGCGCGUCCACGGCGGACCCGCUCGCGCAGAGCACGUACGAACCGUGCGAGUGCGGGCCCGGCAAGUCGUGCGUCUGCGUGCUCUACUACCUGUGCAAGAACAACACCAUCAUCACCACCGGGCUCGACCUGCUCGAUGACAGAAUAAACACACCAAAAGUUGAAAUGUGCCCUGGAGUACAACACUGCUGCCAGGAGCCACCUCGGCAAACCACAGGAAGUCAAACUCCUACUACGCCACCGACGCCGUCAACACCACCAUAUGUGGAGCCUGGACCUGUGACACCGACUCCAAAGCCUCCCAUCCAAGUUCCUGUGGGACCUGUCAAGUCUGGUUGCGGAGUGAGGCGUGGGCUAUCACCAGCGACAGACAACAGCACAACAUUUGCAGAGUUCCCGUGGAUGCUGGUUGUCCAAGUAGCUGUAUACCCAGGGGAUGGAAAACCACCUGCCUUUGUCUUCAAAUGUGGAGCUUCACUUCUGCACCCCCAAGUUGCUCUCACUGCUGCACACUGCGUUAAAAGGUUGAUUCCAUCAGAUAUAAAAGUCAGAGCUGGAAUAUGGGACUUAACGGCAGCAACAGAACCUUUACCACACCAGGAGCGCAGGGUGAUAAAAAUAAUAAGACAUCCUCAAUUUGAAGAGAAGACACUCUUCAAUGACAUAGCACUCCUAGUGCUGGAUAAACAUUUUGAUGAAGCAAUGAAUGUUGAAGUUAUUUGUGUGCCUCCCCCUUCAGUAGAUUUCACAGGCCUUCGAUGUAUUGCAACUGGAUGGGGCACAUCAUCUCCUGAUGCUGAAAUUGUCCAGACUACAAUGAAGAAAGUGGAGCUGCCAGUAGUUUCCCGUGAUCACUGUGAAAAUGAGCUUCGCAUGACAAGACUUGGACGCUACUUUGAACUCCAUGGGAGCUUUAUAUGUGCUGGUGGUGAGCCACAAGUAGAUACUUGCCGUGGCUCUCUUCUGCACAAUACCAGUUACACUGAAGCAGUGCCAGCAGAACGUCCGUUCGUUAGGGACCAUCUACAGGAAAAUGACGAUGAUUCUGUCAAAUUGAAAACUGACAUUCGCAACCUAUCUGACAGUACAUAUCAUGGGAGUAGUCUUUAUGGCUCUGGUAGACAUAAAAGACAUGCAGUAAGCUCAAGAGAGAAUAUACCCAACUAUGGUACUCCAGGAAUAUAUUCACAUUUCUUUAACACUCUGGGAAUAAAUCCAAAUAUACCUUCACUGCAGUGGCUCUCACAGUAUCUGCCAUUUAGUCAUCAAGGCAACCCAUUAACUGAUCAACGUAACCAAGUCUUCUAUGGCUGGAACCCCUUCCUUCAAGGCACACAUUCUACAGUUCACCCAAACCCCCUGACCCCUGGAAAAUUUCCUCACGGAAAUGAUAAGCAGUUUGAUAACAAAAAUGCCCCUCAGAACUCUGCUGAAAAUGUACCAAACACAAAUUCUGGGAGCUUUUACAAUGAUAACAACUUACAUGGGUCUAACAUCAACAGUGGGAACCCACAUGUCACUAGUAGUAAUCCACAUUCUUUUGGGUGGAAGUACAAAAUCCCUGGCCCGAACCAGAACUACCCUGGCCCGAACCAGAACUACCCUGGCCCGAACCAGAACUACCCUGGCCCGAACCAGAACUACCCUGGCCCGAACCAGAACUACCCUGGCCCGAACCAGAACUACCCUGGCCCGAACCAGAACUACCCUGGCCCGAACCAGAACUACCCUGGCCCGAACCAGAACUACCCUGGCCCGAACCAGAACUACCCUGGCCCGAACCAGAACUACCCUGGCCCGAACCAGAACUACCCUGGCCCGAACCAGAACUACCCUGGCCCGAACCAGAACUACCCUGGCCCGAACCAGAACUACCCUGGCCCGAACCAGAACUACCCUGGCCCGAACCAGAACUACCCUGGCCCGAACCAGAACUACCCUGGCCCGAACCAGAACUACCCUGGCCCGAACCAGAACUACCCUGGCCCGAACCAGAACUACCCUGGCCCGAACCAGAACUACCCUGGCCCGAACCAGAACUACCCUGGCCCGAACCAGAACUACCCUGGCCCGAACCAGAACUACCCUGGCCCGAACCAGAACUACCCUGGCCCGAACCAGAACUACCCUGGCCCGAACCAGAACUACCCUGGCCCGAACCAGAACUACCCUGGCCCGAACAUAUAUCAAGAAAAUGCAAACAAGGAUGAGCAUAAAAAUCCAUGGUCACCAACUGCUGCAACUAAUACAGUGACACCUCUCUACACUGGAGGUGUCACAGGGCCACAAACAAAUGACAGUGCUCACUCCUGGCCUCAGGAUUCCAAAGAGAGUUCAACUGAAGUGACACCAAUUGAUGGGGAUGGUGGUGGACCACUCAUGUGCCCCAUCACCGACGACGACGGACGUUAUGUUCAGGUUGGUAUCGUGUCGUGGGGCAUCGGCUGUGGAGGCAGCAGGACACCAGCAGUCUAUGCCAGCUUAUCCUAUUUCAGAGACUGGAUUGAUAAGCAGUUAGAAGAAAAUAAAUUUAUAAACAUUGCCAUACCACCACCAAGUGUGGAUCAAGAUGAAAGAUUUAAAGAACCUAAGCCAACAUGGGGAUGAGGAAAGAGAACAUUCUGAGCUUUAGAAUACACCAUAAAAAGUAUUUAAAUGAAGAUUUGGACAUGUACUUCUUUUUCUUGGUUGUUCAGAAAGCCAUAAGUUAGUAUGCAGUAACGACAUUAGUUUAUUUAUGCUCUGUAGAAUAUUUGUAAUUAAAUUGAAUCAUGGAUUCACACACACAGGAAACGCAAAUUUCACCACAUAUUUUAAGCCUUUUAACAAUAUACUGCCAUGCAUGUAUUUAUAAAUUGUACUGUUAGGGAAUUUUUAAUAAUAAAAAGAAGGAAGUUUGCAUGUCACAUAAUAAAGGCAUAAACACCAUA